AUGGUUACAAAGGGUGGCAUGUACGUGUUUCAACUCUUCGACUACUAUGCAGCCAGCGGUGUGUGCCUUUUGUGGGUCGCAUUCUUUGAAUGUAUUGCUGUAGCCUGGGUUUAUGGAGCAGAUAAUUUCUAUGAUGCUGUAGAGGAUAUGAUUGGCUACAGGCCAAACCCGUGGAUGAAGUGGAGUUGGACCAUUAUCACUCCUGUUCUCUGCAUGGGCUGCUUUAUCUUUUCACUGGUCAAGUACAAGCCCCUGACGUACAAUAAAAUCUAUUCGUAUCCGGACUGGGCCAUUGGUCUGGGCUGGUUUCUGGCCCUCGCCUCCAUGAUCUGCAUCCCCCUCGUCAUGGUCAUCAAGAUCCUGCAGUCCAACGGAUCCCUGAUUGAGAGGAUCAAAGCGGUGGCGGCUCCAGCCAAGUCGGGUGUGAGCUCUCGGCCCAAAGAAUACGACGUGAAGUGUGCGGAGCUGACGCAGACUCUGAACGGGAACAAUGGCCUCAUGAAGCCCCCAACUGUUGUCGAAACAACAAUGUGA